AUGAAGCAGCAUAUUGCCCACAUCAAGGGAAAUGUGGCUCCUUGUAAAAAGUCUUCAGAUGAGGAUAAAGCCAAAUGCAAGAAUGCUAUUGAAGAGGCAAAGUCUAAGAAGAAACAAAAGAGUAGACAUGAAGUAGAAGUGAGGCAAGAAGUCAUUAUUAAAGGAGAUGAAGACAAUGAAGCGAGUCAAGGGACAAGAAGAAUGCCGCGUACUCUUGGGCCUAUGGACCGUUUUGCAACCCCCAUCGAUCCGGAUUCUUCAUUGGAUGGAAGUAGGAACAUGAGGCAACAAAAUAUCAAUGAUUCACUUUCCAAGCAAAGAACACAUAGUGUGCAUCAAUACUUGGCUAGAUGGGUGUAUGAAGCCGGGAUUCCUUUUCAUGCCGUUGAUAGUGAUAGCUUCAAGAGGUUUGUUGAAGGAGUUGGUCAAUUUGGCCCGGGUUACCGACCUCCAAGCCAAUAUCAAUUAAGGGAGCCACUAUUGAAGGAAGAGGUAGAGAGAACUAAAAGUUUAUUGAAGAAGCAAGAAGAAGAGUGGGCUUUGAAUGGUUGCUCUAUUAUGACCGAUGCUUGGAGCGAUCGGAAAAGAAGAAGUAUCAUGAAUUUGUGUGUCAAUUGUGCGGAAGGCACAACUUUUCUUUCUUCUAAGGAAGCAUCGGAUGAGGCACACACCGGGACGUAUAUUUUUGAAUAUGUGGACAAAUGCAUUGAAGAUGUUGGGCCACAAAAUGUGGUUCAAGUGGUGACGGACAAUGCUUCAAAUAAUAUGGCGGCGGGAGAUUUGAUGAAGUUGAAGAGGCCAAACAUAUUUUGGACUUCAUGUGCAACUCACACCUUGAAUCUUAUGCUUCAAGGAAUUGGCAACCAACCUAGAUUCAAAGGGGUGAUUGAGAGGGCAAAGAGCUUCACCAUCUAUAUUUAUGCACAUCACAAGACUUUGGCAUUGAUGAGGAAGUUUACAAAGAAAAGAGAUAUAGUGAGGCCAGGAGUCACUAGAUUUGCAAUAGCUUUCCUCACUUUGCAAAGCUUGAUGGAGAAGAAGAAUGAGUUGAGAGCUAUGAUUACUAGUGAUGAAUGGAAUGAAAGGAAGCAUGCAAAGAGUGUACAGGGGAAGGCGGCGGUGAAUAUUGCUUUGAGUGCUUCUUUUUGGAAUGGGGUAAGUCUUUGCUUGAAGGUGUUUGCCCCUUUAGUCAAGGUGCUUCGCCUUGUUGAUGGGGAUAGAAAGCCAUCAAUGGGCUUUGUGUAUGGAGAACUACUUAGAGCCAAGGAGGAGAUUAAAAUGGCAUUCAAAGAUCAAGAAACCCACUAUCGUCCAAUCCUUGACAUUGUUGAUGGAAAAGCCCGUGGUCGACUUGAUAGUCCAUUGCAUUUAGCGGGCUACCUCUUGAACCCUUACUACACAUAUGCCAAUCCAAGUCUUGAGAAUGAUAAUGUGGUCAUGGAUGGGUUCUUCACUUGUGUUGAGACAUUCUUUCCUGAUGACAUUCAAACUCAAAGUUUGGUGACAAAUGUAGAAUUGCACAAGUAUUUGAAGAAAGUGGAUGGAUUUGGAAGAGGUUUGGCUAAGGCGGGAUGCGCACAAAAUGAUGACAAUUAUAAUCCGGAUCCAUACAAAGAAAAGGAAUAG